GCCACCAACCACCUCUGCUCCUCCCAACAAAACCCCACAACCCUACCUCCACCAUCCCCCAACCAUACCUCCCCAAUCUCUAACCCUAACCCUAGAACUCGAACUCCUCUCGAGAAGCAAUUCGAGACAUGGGUCGACAAGCUCAAACCCGGCUUCAGCCCGUCCGAUGUCGACGAAGCCCUCCGCUCCCAAUCCGAUCCCGAUCUCGCCCUCGACAUCUUCCGCUGGACUGCCCAGCACCGCCACUACAAACACAACCACCUUACCUACCUCACCAUGAUUCAAAUUUCCGUCUCCGCCAAGCGUUUCUACCACGCCCAAACCCUAAUCGAGGAAGUCAUCGCCGGAGCCUGCUCUCCCAGCGUCCCACUCUACAAUUCCAUGAUUCGGUUUUGCUGUGGCCGUAAGUUUCUCUUCAAUCGUGCUUUCGAUGUUUACAAGAAAAUGUUGAAAUCUGAUGACACUAAACCCUCUUUAGAAACCUACACAUUGUUAUUCAAUUCCCUGCUUAGGAAAUUCAAUAAGUUGAAUGUAUGUUAUGUGUAUCUGCACGCCGUUCGAUCUUUAACCAAACAAAUGAAGGCUGCUGGUGUGAUACCGGAUGCUUUCGUAUUGAAUAUGAUUGUAAAGGCCUACUCUAAGUGUCUUGAAGUUGAUGAAGCCAUUCGGGUUUUUCGGGAAAUGGGAUUGUAUGGAUGCGAGCCGAAUGGGUAUACGUAUAGUUAUAUAACCAAGGGUUUGUGUGAGAAGGGGAGGGUGAGCCAGGGUUUGGGGUUUUAUAAGGAAAUGAGAGGUAAAAAUUUGGUGCCCAAGAGUAGUACUUACAUGAUUUUGAUUUGUAGCCUUGCUAUGGAACGGAGGUUUGAAGAUGCUAAUGAAAUUGUUUUUGAUAUGUUGGGUAAUUCUAUGGCGCCAGAUUUGUUAACUUAUAAAACUCUCUUGGAAGGGUUGUGCAGGGAAGGGAGAGGUAGUGAUGCUUUUGAUCUGCUUGAAGAACUGAGGAAGAAGGAUAGUAUGAUGAAUGAGAAGACUUACAAGACUUUGUUGAAUGGACUACAUUUUGUAAGUGGAGAUUAGAUGUUAUACACUAUUCCUCAAUACUGUCCUUAAUAUAUAGAUGUCUUUUAUUUGAUUCAAGAACUCCAUAGAAGUUCAACCAAUGUUUGAGCAAAACAGGAUAUGAGCAUUGUUAAGUCUGUUUGGGAAAUUUGGAUUGCUGGCAUGUUCUUUUGAACAGACUGAUUUGUACUGCAGCUGACAAGUACUGAAAGAAGGGAAGAUUUCUAGGUGUUUGAAAUAUCUUCCUGAUUAAUAAAAUCUAUGAUUCAGAUUGGCCCGUGAUUAUCAAAAUACUGCUAAGAUGAGUAUGUAUAAUCACUCUCGCCAACUUUUAUUUCUUCACCAUUGACAAGAAUGACCAGAAUCUGCUAUUGGUGAUAGAGGAGAAAUUCAAUGGGAUUGUGAUAUGUUAGCAUGAUUCUCAGCCUUGCCCAAUUGCAACAACACUGUUUGCAACGGAAGACUGUUAUGGAACAGGUAGUGUGAAGUUGGUUUGCAAUCGGGAUUUGACCCUGUCUGUCCAUCACAGAACUGAUAAAUGGGCAUGACACUGGCUGCAAUAGCAGUGUUGUUCUUGAAGAACCCAGGGGUUUAUCUAUCCAGUGCUGUGGUAAUUAUGAUACUCCAUUACAAUCAGUGGUUGAGAUCUUGAAAUGCAGAAUGGACAUCUAAACCAUGAAUGUUCUUCUUGAUCAGAACCACGAUGACAGGUUUAAAACGAGUGGAAUCUAUACUAUGGAUAAGAUGGACAUUGUUAGAUUAUUGGUGAAUUACUUUGUAGUAGGUUGUAAGUUAUUGUUUGCUACAAUGAGGAUAUUUAUAAUAUGAGUCAACGUUGAAUAAUCUUCUAUCCUAUGCAGUUGCACAAUUGGCAUGAAAAA